AUAAUUUUUCGAUUGUUCGGGAUUCGGCUAGUCCAGCCUGCAUCACAGCCCCCACCCGGCACCUACCGCCUGACAGACGGACUUUACCUUGGGUUUUCCUGCCGAUCCUCGUCAGUUCUCCUUCGAUAAUCCCCGAUUGGCCAGGCAGGAAGGUGCCACGUCUAUGGAGUUGGAAAAUAUCGUCGCCAAUACCGUUUACAUCAAGGCUAGAGAAGGCGGUGGCGGAAAACGAAAAGGAAAGAGUAAAAAAUGGAAAUUGAUACUCAAAUUCCCCCACAUCACGGAGUGUGAAUAUCUACGAGACAAAAUUGACUGUGACUACACGUCCGUCUGUGAGAAGCAGCCCAUUGGUCGGGAGCUGUUUCGUCAGUUCUGCAAGAAAGAUGCCAAGCUAAACAGGUGUAUUUGUUUCAUGAACAAAGUGGAAGAGUUUGAGGUGACAACAGAUGACAAAGGAAAAAAUGCUGCCCAGAUCCUUAGCGAGUUCUUAGAGUCUGAGACGCCAGACUACUUGGGAGAUAUCAUCAGCUCAGAAACCAUAUCACAAUGUAGAGAAAAUAUCCAGAGAAUCACGUCUGAGGAACAGGAGUCCUUACAGGAGGAAACACCUAGUAAAAAUGUAUUCAACCAAUGUAGAAGUGAAGUAUCAAAAUACCUCAGUGGAGAACCAUUUGAAAAUUUCCGGGAAGACAAAAUAUACUUUUCAAGAUUUCUACAGUGGAAAUAUUUGGAAAGGCAACCAGUAACAAAGAACACAUUCAGGCAAUAUCGGGUUUUGGGGAAGGGGGGGUUCGGGGAGGUGUGCGCUUGCCAAGUUCGGGCCACAGGUAAAAUGUAUGCCUGCAAGAAACUGGAAAAGAAGAGGAUAAAGAAGAGAAAAGGAGAAGCCAUGGCCCUGAACGAGAAAACCAUCUUGCAGAAGAUCAAUAGCAGAUUUGUAGUGAGUUUAGCAUAUGCAUACGAGACCAAAGACGCCCUUUGUCUGGUGCUGACAAUCAUGAACGGAGGAGACCUGAAGUUUCACAUCCACAGCAUGAGUGACCCGCCAGGCUUCGCCGAGUCCCGGGCAGAGUUCUACGCUGCAGAGGUGUUAUGUGGACUGCAGCACUUACACCAGGAGAGAAUAGUGUACAGGGACCUCAAACCUGAAAAUAUUCUUCUAGAUGACCAUGGACACGUUAGAAUAUCGGAUCUGGGUCUGGCUGUGGAAAUUCCUGAGGGAGAAAUGAUCAGGGGGAGGGUUGGGACAGUAGGCUACAUGGCUCCAGAAGUAGUGAAGAAUGAGAAGUACAUGUUCUCCCCUGACUGGUGGGGGCUUGGAUGUCUCAUCUAUGAGAUGAUUGAAGGAAAGGCUCCCUUCAGGGCAAGAAAAGAGAAGGUGAAGAGAGAAGAGGUGGACAGGAGAGUGAAGGAAGACACAGAAACAUACUCCGACAAGUUCAGCGAACACGCAAAGUCUAUCUGCUCUGCACUUUUGCAGAAAGACCCAAAGUUGCGUCUUGGUUGUGUGGAUGAUGCCAUGGGGAGUCGAGCCGACGAUAUCAAGACCCACACCUUCUUUAAACUCAACUUCAAGAGGUUAGAGGCUGGCAUGGUCAAGCCUGAGUUCGUCCCUGAUCCGAGAGCUGUGUAUGCCAAGGACGUGCUGGACAUUGAGCAGUUCUCCACGGUGAAGGGAGUGAACCUGGACCAGGCUGACGAGUCCUUCUACAGCAAGUUCAACACUGGCAGUGUCUCCAUUCCAUGGCAACAAGAGAUGAUAGAAACAGAAUGUUAUCAAGAGCUGAACGUGUUGUCUGAAGAUGGUGAACCCACCCCUGACCUCAUAAUGGACCAGCCCCCUCCCCCUCCAAGACGUGGUUUCUUCAGUAGAACAUUCAAACGACAGGUGUGCUGCAGUAGUGACAGUAGUGACGAGUAGAUUGGUAGGAAGGAACUGCUUGGCAUCUCUCAAUGACUGGUGUGCUGUGGCUCUGGUAACCCCGACAACGACAAUGAUGCUGCGAGGGUUUAGCUGCAGGGAAACACGAGACUGUCAAACAUGCAACAUUGUGGAACAACACAGACAGCGAUUAGUCUCCCCAGCUUUCCCAUGGUGCAUUUGGGCCCUACCCAUGAAGACUUGCUGCAAGCAGAGCAGUAGUUUAUCAGUAGUGUAUGAACUGUGCAUCUGGCGUUAAACAUAUGCAGAUGGUGGCAAAGAGUGUUCUUGUUGGUGGGAAACAAAGGUAUUGUGCUGGCAUGACAGUUGUCUGUUGCGUAUAAUGCUUGGUUAGAUGUACAGGAUAUGCAUUUUACAGUCCAGAGAUCUAUGAAAUGCUAUUCAAGUUAGGCUAUGAUUAUAUCAGAUGGAAGAGUUUCUCUUAAGAGAUGAUGGGUAAGUCAAGACUCACAGAUUUCAUUCCAAAUUAUUGAGGCAAUAAAACUUCUUGUAUAUAAAAGCUGAGCACCCCUACCCCAAGAUAAGCCAUUCUGGUCACAUACCAAACCCAUUCACAAACAAUGUUCUCAGUUAAAAGAAAUUUUGCAGGUUCAAAAUUUCCUCGUUUCAUAAAAUCUUUGGAAACGGCAAGAAGAAACUUAAGAUGAAUAAAAGCUGUUCACAUUUCCAUAUUACACACCCCAAGUACACAUACACUGUAUUACUGAUAAGGAGAAUUGAUAACUCUAACAUUUUAAAAGUACCCCGUAAGCCUACAUUUAUAAAGUAAAUUAAUGAUGAAAAAUGUGCAUAUUUUAAGUACCUCUUGUAUGCACAUGUAUCAGUUUUGAUACCCUUAGCAGUGCUACAUGGACAAAAAAGGACACAGAAAUAAAUUUAGUAAAGGCUGCUUAUCAUAGGACAAAGCAGUCCAAAAGUUUUCAAGUGAUUGUAGUGACAUUGGUUUUGCAGUGGUUGAGAGGUUCAGCACAAAAUUGUAAAAAUGACUGGAACUAACCUGUGGUCCGGUAUUGUGAUUUCUGGGGGUCAGAAAGUGAGAAACGAUUAAACAUAAGGGGAAACUAGUCCAUUGGAGCCAAGUUAACUAAAAUUGCUUGAAAAACAUUGCCUAAAACACUUCAGUUUGUACCUACAUAUUACACAAGACUAGGUUAUUUUUGUUAUGUUACAUUGAAUACUUAGUGACAAUUGCCAGUGCAUGUUUGUAUUAGACAGGGACAUCCCCCAUUUUUCAAAAUCACAUUCUGUAUGUUUAUGUCCAUAAAUAGCUAUGAUAACAUUAAGCCAGAGUUCAAAUAUUGCAGGAAAAUAUUGGGAACAUCCCUGGAAUGUGACCAAACUUUUGUAGGAAAGGGUGAAGAAGCAAAGUAGUGGUUAUAAAGACAUGAUUGUUUUCAGAGCCAGAUGGAUCAUAGAAUAGCUCAUGGCGGGGUCAAGGGUUUCUACAGCAUUGUGAUUGUGACUUGUGCCAAUAAGAGUGUUGGAGCUCGAGACCAAACGGAAAUACGACUGCUUAAAAGUGUUUUAAUUCCUGUACAUUUUGGACAGCUUUCUUUUUCAUCUGAUGGUGGUGCUCUAUAAAUUCAGGUCGUAAAGUAUUAAUCCGGGACCAAAUUCUUCUAAUUUAUGACAUAUACGGUAAAAAAUGCUGCAUUCUUCACACACGUUAGAAUUGAUUAGUAGCUCCGCAGCAAACAUUAGAUGCUGUUUUUUGUUAGCUAUUACUGUUUUCAAAGUUCAUGUAAUACUGUGUCACAGAAGCAUUGUUUCUCAUGUCGUUUCUAUACAAAAAAUGGUAACCUCUACAAUUUUCUUUUCCUUCAGUGAUAAAGGCCUGAUCUUUUUAACUGAGUCACUGCCAUGUGAAUCGACAAAUCAAACACAAAGUCAUGUACUGUGUCUCGAAAACAAUGGAAUUAGCUUUCAUCUUAAAACAUAAAGAUUGUUCUCUACAGUCUACUUGAUGAUAUUCCUCUACAAUAAGUUCACAAACUCUAUCUCACAACAGAAGGAUCUAAUUGCAGAUAGUUUUAACUUGAAAUAAUAAGCCAACAACACAACCUAAUGUAUGAUUCAACAACCUUGAGUAUUUCUCUUCAGAUCGUGAGGUUUAUUCCCUUGAUGCAAUGAUAUGAAUGUGCCACAUCGUUUGUCACUUCUGAGGUAUUUGUGAAGCCAUUGUCUGAUUAUUACCUUGUGCAUUAGAGCUUGCCUGACGCAAGGUGCUAUUGCAAGCCAUAUUGUAAUUUUCUGGGCAUCUUUAUUUAUUUAUUCUUUUCUCAUGAAAGUUGUCAUGAAUACAUCAAAUUAGUCCUGCCCACAUUGAAACUGUCAACCGUACUGACAGCCUGUGCAAGGGAUCCUUUCAAGAUUUCAACUGACCGGCAUUGACAUAAUGUUCAUUUGUUCAGCUGCACCUGAUUGGAACUUUUUUUAACAAUCUAUUAACAUAUGAACACACACUCAUUUAAGGUAAAAAGCACUUGCAAAAUUUGCUUUAGUUAAGAGCCAUUCUAAACUUUACAUUGUUUUCUCCUUUAGAACUUAGACUUAAGAUUAGUCCUGUGGAAAGGAUAUGCAAUUUAAAUGACUGGUAUCAUGACAGGGAUGGGUACAGGUAUAUUUAGAUCAAAAUCAUGAUAGAGUAUGAUGCAAAGAUUAUAUGACAGCAGUCAACUUUUGACAUACAAUUUCUCAUAUUUCAUGAAAGGGAUCAGAUGUGCCCAGAAACCUGUAGCUACUGUAUUUGUAGAUUACCAGUGGGAGAAAAGCUGUUGAAGUUAGAUAUAUAUCUCCACCCUCUCAUUCGUGAGUGUCAUGCUUUCUGGUGUUUACGUAAGAAGUAUACAGAUUCUAACAGAAACCACUUCUUUCAAUUGAUGCUACAUGUAUUUUAAUAGCUAUAAUUGGAGAACCGAGACAAGGAUUAUUGUGAACAUGUGGCAUUCCUUCUGCUACUAUCAUUUUUGAGACAUUUGUCGAUUCUUAAUAACUUUAACCAUAAUUCACUGGCCUUUUGGUCUAACAGGUUUGCAUUGAACAAACUUGUCUGCUGCCAAAAAUUCCCAUUUUUGUAACUGCUGUUUGUACAGCAUACAAAUGUACAAACCUCUAAUUGUCUGGAAGUCAUUGGGGAUUGUUGUGAUAAAGUGAUUAGCACUCUCCCAGCUUACUGAUGCCAUAACCAAUACAGCUUUGGUGCCAAAAGGCCAUAUCAGCAGGAAGGUUACAAGUGUUUUGGUAUGAGAAUUCAGCGUGUGUAAAACAGUCUUACAUAGCUGCCUGUGUAGCAGAAUUAAUAGUCUCCUUGCUAACUUACCUGCGGUGUACAUGUACAUUGUGUAGUGGUGACAUUGGUUUAUGGAUAUUUGGGUAGCUGGAAGAGUGUUGCUUGUAAUCCUCUACAGCUGAUACAAAAUCAGGACUUUACAUGCUUUGUAUCUACUCCCCAAAGAUGCAUGGCAGACUGAAAUUGCUUCACAGAAUUCUUAUAAAGCUGGCCAAACAGAAACGUAUGUUUUCAGCAGGGAAUCUUUGUAAAAUUUUACUGAGAACAGAGGUGACAAUACUAGAUGUACUGUUAGUGCUUGGCAGAGAUGUACUUAUUACUACUGUUAUGAUAUCUGGAGUAGCUGUGAUUAUAUGGAAAUAUGCCAUGACCAAACAGUGUUACGUAAUUACAAGUAUGGUCAAAACUUUAUCAGGCUGAAACUUGCGGUAUCUACGUGAUGCAGCACAAACUGGUGAAGGAAUUGAAAACGAAGAAUUCUUGGCGACUGCGGCAAUUUUUACAUGAAGAAUUUUGGAUGAUCAUGAUGCCCUAGUGUGAAAAGAUGAUGGCGGCCAUACCUGUAUAUCCUGGUGAACAUAGAUGUAGGAAAUGUUGUAGUGUUUUAUUUCAGGUUCAUGCUUUUCUAGAGUGCAUGCUGUUGGGAAUAGAACGAUUCAUAGAAUAAAAUUGGAAAAUAUCUACUGAUUUAACUCAGGAUGAAUUGUGAUGAAACCCCAUCAAAAUGACAUAUUUUCUUUAGAUGUGAACAGUUAAUGAGUCAGUAUAAUAAUCCAGUAUUUCAGAUGAACAGGUCAAUCUGUUAGGCCACAAGUGUGUUCAAUAGCAUGUGUUCAAGGUAAAUAAAGUUGCUUGCAUGCAACCAGAAUAAUACUCUGCUUGCCUAGAGAUUCUUAGAAAUGUGCAUUAGGAUGUUUCAUGCCAUUCAGAGUCUGGCCUGGUUGGUUUUGUUAUUUUCUGUAAGGAAGGUAGGUUGGCUCCACAAACUUGUGAUGGCAAAAAAGCACAGGUUGAACAUGAAGUCAGCGGAACAAAUCAAAGGAUUCUGGGUAGGUGCGUCUACCCAGAAUCAUUUGCCAUAAUCUAUUCCAUUGAACGGAAGAUGUUAAAAAGGUCAAAGGCUGUAGCUUGCUGGUCUUCUUGACUCACAAAAGUUGAGAGUACUACACUAUGCCUUUUUGCUGUUAAGAAGUGUGCCAUAUAUAACUUGUACAACCUUUCUUGUAUACACCUCUGCAGGGGAAUUUAAAGGACAACUACAAGGGGUCCAUCAACUUAAAUGAAGAUGUAAUAUAUACCGAUAUGUAUAUGCAAAUGACCACACUAUAAUUAUAUUAGUCCUGUAUCUUUGUGUACCUUUAAUUUUGAGGACCACAUGACUUGUGGACAGAUUUUGACUGUUAAGACAAAAAGCAUGCAAACAGCACAGUAACAGUAGGUGUGGUCUACUUCAUCAGUAUACAGAAGCAUGUACAUAGCAUAUCUCAAAUCUGUAAAUGUAGAAGAUGUCCCUAUCACUUUGUGUUUUACCAGAUGUCACCAAGCUUGUUUUGAGACGUAAUAAAUAAAAAAGAUGAAGAC